AGUUGUGGCAUAUAAUGUAACCUAUGUUGAAGUCACGAGGAAAACUUUUUGAGUCAAAUCAAGAGCAAAGUACAAGAUGGUUCACGGUAUAAAUAGAAAGAAACCGUGUACUGGAUGACUGUGCGUGCUAGAUGUUUGCCCACAAUCAGUUUCGGUCGUCAUAUACGGCUAUUCUGUGAUAUAAGACAAUGAACGAUAUUAAUUAAAUUAAUAUUAUAUUGUAGAAUUUUAUUGUAGAAUAGGAGUGGUAGAUUCAUAAAGAUUGACACAGUACAAAUGUUAGUUAUGGAUUUCUUACAAAAUAUACCAUAUUACUGGACAAAACAGCUUGAUCCACGAGUAGCCAACCUACUGCUAGUCGGUUCUUCCUAUCAAGUGCCACUUAUAAUAUUUGCAUAUUUGUAUUUCGUACUUAGCUGUGGACCUCGAUUCAUGAAGAACAGAUCACCAUACUCAUUAAGAAUAUUUAUGAAAUUGUACAAUAUCGUACAAGUUUUGGGAAAUGCGUGGGUAAUAUAUGAGUUUAUCGACGCUGGCCUAUUCUCACUCCCAUUAGUGUGUCCUCGUAUUGAUUAUUCCUAUAAUUAUAUUCCAAUGAGGAUAACUAGAUGCAUAUGGCAUUUCUUUCUCUUAAAAGUAUUGGACUACGUCGAUACGUUCGUAUUUGUACUAAGGAAGAAGGACAAUCAGGUAUCUCCUUUGCAUUUGUAUCAUCAUGUGUCUACUUUGGCUUUGACGUGGAUAAGUGUAAGAUAUUACGCCGUUACUGGCAUGGGAGUUACGAACAUUAUUAACAGCUUCAUACACACCAUCAUGUACACAUACUACUUCCUAGCUGCUUGGGGACCAAGUGUUAAAAGGGCUAUCGAGCCUAUGAAACGAUGUAUAACUAUGUUACAAAUGAUACAAUUAAUGCUACUGAUAUUGUAUGCGUUGCAAUACAUAGUGCUGGAUUGCACAGACGGAAAUAAUAUCAUUGUCAUAACAUUCAUUACAAAUGCUGUAAUAAAUUUGUACAUGUUCCGUAAGUUCUAUCGAAAAACAUACAAAAACGGUGAAAAAAUUCAAUAGAUUGUAAAAAAUACUAUUAAGAAUAUUCUUAAAGUAAAAAUUACUUGUAAAACAUACGUUGAAAGGAUAUUUUUAGUUAGAGGAAUGUCCGAUAAUUUUAUUGCUAUCAAUGUCUUUCUAUAUUGUAAACUGUAUUCUCACUCUUUUAUUACACUGUUCAACAAAA